GGCGAGGCUAACGCUUCACUUUCCGAGGAAUGGAUGAACCGGUAUUGUCACAAUCUUAAGAACCUCUCGGGGCGUGCGAAGAGAACUCAUUAUUAUCGUCUCUAUCCGCACCGUCUUUCUUCUGUGUGUCGUUAUUCCGUGAUUUCGGUUAUUUUGUUUCGAGAUCACCUCUGCCGACUCGACCCGCUCGCUGCAAGUUGCUUGUUUUUUUGGCGGGGGUGUUGACGGGCCAUCUUUCUGCCCAGCAAAAUUUCCGGACAAGCGACACCUUCGCCUCUCCGUGUCUGGCGGUGUUUCAUGGGAAAAAAGCCCAAACAAGAGACGCGCACCACCUCCUCAUUUCUUCUACACUCCGUCGUCGGUACUCUUGCCGAAAUAUUCGCAUUUACGUGUGUAUCUUUCUUGAGGGGACCAUGCCCGAUUUCCCCUGUCCACCAGCCCAGCGCAGCUUUGGAGAAACCUCAACAAGGAAAGCGCAUUUCCCCUUUAUCAUGCCGAUUUCCAAUGCCUGAGCUCGCUUAAGGCGUUCUGUGGUUCCUGUUCUUUUUCAGGAAAGGGCAUGGGAAUUAGCCGAAGCAUCUUCCAAGGAAACAUCUGACCUGCCGAUUUGGACGCUGCAGUGACCGUUUUUUGAUUUCAAAAUGCUCCUUUUCCUAUCCAACGUUUUCCCAGUUUUUCUUUCGUAGAACAAGGUGUUUUUCUUCUUGUUUCCAUCCGCGUUCCUUUACAAGCCUACAGAUCCGCAAACGUAGCCUGUUGCAUGUAAUCGCGCGCGGGUGUGAAACGGUCGCGGGCAGAUUGACUAAACCAGUUCCGUUUGUUGUCUGCUCUGUUUGGCUAUUUAACCUUUUUAGGGAGUCUGUUUCCCCCUUAUUACUCCGCCAUCGUUGACGUCUUUCAGACGCUAUCGUCUGCACGUUUCCUGUCCCCGCCAUUCCUCAAGGCUUGUCUUCAAAGACUCACUGGACCUCCUCUCGAAGCUCCCGUACUCUCGCGAACCACUAGACGGGACAUAACUCAUUCUAUUUUCUUACGGAUCUAUUUGGUGGAGGUGUAACCUCCAUUUGAGUUUCACGGCCGCUUUUGCGGCGGAACUUUCUACUCCACAAUCCUGCGAAUAGUUCAAUAGUUUGUUCUUUUUGCACCUCUCUUCACCAUGGCGGCUAAAGAUGAAUACUACGAUUAUCUCUACAAGAUUGUCCUGAUUGGAGACAGUGGCGUCGGGAAAUCCAACAUGCUUUCUCGAUUUACGCGGGACGAGUUCAACUUGGAGAGCAAAUCAACGAUCGGCGUUGAGUUCGCAACAAAGAGCGUAUACUUAGAUGAGGGCAAGGUCAUCAAGGCACAGAUUUGGGAUACCGCGGGACAAGAGAGAUAUCGAGCCAUUACUUCCGCGUACUACAGGGGAGCUGUUGGAGCACUUCUUGUGUACGACAUCACGAAACGUCAGUCGUUCGAGAAUGUAGAAAGAUGGCUUAAAGAGCUUCGCGACCAUGCGGACCCCAACAUCGUCAUUCUGCUCGUGGGAAACAAAAGCGAUCUGAAGCAUCUGCGUGCUGUUUCCGUUGAGGAGGCGACAAAGUUUGCGAACAGAGAGCACCUCGCCUUCAUCGAGACUUCCGCGUUGGAUGCGACAAACGUUGAGCAGGCGUUCCACCAGAUUCUGGCGGAAAUCUAUCUUCUUCGGCAGAAGAAGCAAAUCGAGGAUAACCCCCAGUCGACUACUCAACCAGGGAGAGGACAGAAAAUCCACCUUGAUGAGGAGCGAACAGAUAGCCAAAUACGGCAAAGCAGACGUGGCUGCUGUUCCGCCUGAGACAAAACUCUCGGGCAGCGCCAGGGAAAUUCUGUCUUCACAUCGAGAAUUACUCGAUCCCCACGCAAUAUGUUGAGCCUGUAGAGGUGGCGUCCGCGUGCCGCUCCACUUUCACCACUAUGCAUGCAGCAGUGUGCUGAUCGUGAGACUACGUGAAAUUCUGCAGACGCCGGAAACCCGUCUGGUCGACGCAGCGACCGAACCUUCUGACAGCAACUUGCUCGUAAAUGUGACGCCAACUGGCUUCACUAAUUUCAGUCAUUUCUUCCUUCGUAUGCAAGGGCGAAAUCAUUGUCGUGACGCCCAAGGACAUAACCAGAGAAAGAAAAAAACAUGCCUGAUGUAGCUUUUGUACACAGAACGUGCUUGCGGAACGCCACCUAUAGACGCAUUCAACCGUCAUUUCAGUCAUUGCAUCAGAAUGCCUGAACUCAUUGUUGCGGUCACGCUUGCAGACAAUUUGAUUUACUCCGAGAGCUCGAUGACUUCCGGCUGAAUUCGUUGGUAGCGUUGGAGAUGGCGCGUCUGAGGGAUAGAUUUCCGCACUGAUAGGGUUUCCAUCGCGCCGACGGAGGGGGCGCUUGAGAAAAAGCUGGUGAUCUUCAGCUGUUUCUGGUUCCCUGUUUCUCGCGUACGGGUCCUUUUCCGUCCUGAAUUCCCUUGCGAUAUGUGGGCCCCCCUGGACGCUUCUGCCUUCUGAAAAACACACAAAACGUGAUCACUGGUU